AUGUCAGUGUAGACGGGGGAUGAGAGAGGGGAGGCAGCGCGGUUGACGAACAUACUUUUACGCAGUCAAGCUCAGUCCGGACAAGAGGCUCACCUGUGCGGCGAAAAACAUGAGCCAUCCAAGUGAGAAAGAUGCUUCUGACACAACCGAGAGUAAACCUAAAUCCCCCAUGCUCUCUUACUGCAUCGAAAGCAUACUCGGCCGGAGAAGUCCUCUCAAAGUCAGACUCACAGGAAUGCAAAGUUUACCAGUGCUGGCUGGGAGAGUGGAGCAUAAUGCGUCUUUGGAAGCCUCUCAGACAGAUGCCGACAUACACCUGCCCACCAAGUUGCGGCGUCUAUAUGGCCCAGCGGGGAAGUUCAUGGACUCCAGUCGCGGAAUUCGCGAGCAUGAGGAGCAAAAAGAUAGGGAGAGUCCUCUAGACAAAGCCCACGAAAUUCUGAAAAUCACUCAGGCGCCACAAGUUAACAUCAGCCGCAGUAAAUCAUACAGGGAGAACGCGUCCCACAGUCCGACCGAGGAAGUACAGAACCUCGGGCGAGGGAAAGAGGGGCAGGGUGAACUUGGCGCCCCAAAGUUCGAGGACACUGGCAAGGAGCGCAUCUGCGAAGACGUAGAAACGUCCCCAAAGAACGGGGAGAGUUUGCACAUCGAUGGAGAUGUAAAAGAUAGCGAGGACAACGUGUGCCUUUCAGCUGGCAGUGACUCAGAGGAGGGGAUGCUAAAGCGAAAACAGAGGAGAUACAGGACUACGUUUACAAGUUAUCAACUUGAGGAGCUGGAGAGAGCUUUCCAGAAGACGCACUACCCGGAUGUGUUCACGAGGGAGGAGUUAGCGAUGCAGUUGAAUCUCACCGAGGCGCGUGUGCAAGUGUGGUUCCAGAACCGUAGAGCUAAGUGGCGGAAACGAGAGAAAUCUGGGGUUCAGACUCACCCCCAGGGCCACCCCAUCUCUGAACCCCUGGGUGCAGCACACCACCUAAGCCACUACCUGGAGGGAAGUCCUUUUUCACCCCACUCUCACCCCUCCCUGGACUGUCCCUGGACAGCUGCUACCACCUCAUUCCAGGGUCUAACCCACCCCCUCACCAGCUCUUCCUCCCCCCUGGGAUUUGGCCCCUUCCUGGGAGCAGCCAUGUUUAGACACCCCACCUUUAUUAGCCCCUCAUUUGGAAGACUCUUCUCCAGCAUGGGUCCCCUGACACUCUUACGCCAGCCCAUACCUGCAGUAGAGGCCCCAGUCCAGCCCCCAACGGCCUUGUCAGAGGCCUCCCCCUCCUCGCCUGUGGACCGCCGGGCCUCCAGUAUCGCAGCACUGCGCCUCAAAGCCAAAGAGCACUCAGCUCAGCUGACACAACUCAACAUCCUACCUUCCAGCACCACUGGGAAGGAGGUGUGUUGAGAGACAAUAAACCCCCUCCAAUUCCCUCUACAUGGAGCAGGAGUCAUGACCAAAGGAAUAGCAGCUUUGAAGUGGUAGGCUAUAGCACAACAAGGCCUCAUCUUUCCCAGUUAGUUGUCCCAAUGUUCUGUUACUCCAGACUGUCCACAACAUGCUUUCCUCAUAAACUGAGGAAGAGAGAAGAAAUACAAAUAGUGAACUCCCUGCCCUUUGACCCUCAGGAAUGACCCAUUAGCAGCCUCGCACAGGGUGCUACAGGCCACCAAAGGAACAGCUCUAGGCCCUGGAGAGGUUUAAAAGGAGAGCAAUGCUGUAGAUCAUAUAAGCCUAAUGUAUAUUUAAUGUAUUGAUGAUAUGGUGCUUGUUGAUAGAUAGAUUUUCGCAGUCUAAUUAAAUUACUUGGGUAAUCAAGUUAUUAUUUAUGAUCAAUCAUGUAUGAGCCAGAAGCAAGUUUUCAGGAGGAACAUUUUACAUAUAUAUAUAUA